CAACCUCUAGGGAGAUUGUUUUUGAGUUGUUUUCAGACUUCAAACAAACAAACAAGAAUCAGAAAGCAAACAUGGGUAAGAAAUUAGAUGCUUUCCUUGGAAAAAUUAGCUUCAAGAAGUCAAAGUUCAGCAACCUGGUUAAUCUUGCUGUCUCAAGAAUUGCUGCACUUGAGAAGCAGCACCAUGUCCGCUGUGGCCAAGCCCGCUCUGAUGUCAUUAAGCUCCUCAACCUUGGUCACCAAGAACGUGCUCUCCUUCGUGUUGAGGUUGUCAUCAAGGAGCAAAACAUGUUGGAUGCAUAUGCUAUGAUAGAAAACUACUUCCAUCUCUUGGUGGAGAGGGUUGUACUAAUUCAAAACAAUAAAGAAUGUCCUAAUGAGCUCAAGGAGGCAAUAUCAAGCUUGGUCUACGCAGCCUCAAGAUGUGGAGAAUUGCCAGAACUGCAAAAGAUCAGAAGCAUGUUCACAUCAAGAUUUGGGAAGGAAUUCACCACACGUGCUGUUGAAUUAUGCACUAACUGUGGAGUAAAUCCUAAGAUUGUAAAAAAACUUUCAACCCGAAGGCUAAGCUUGGACAGCAAACUCAAAAUGCUGAAAGAAAUUGCUCCCACAAAUGAAAUCGCUAUGCAUCUUAAGAGAGAAUCAUCUUUGGUAACUGAAGAAGAGAAACCGGAUGUGAACCAGAAGCAGAAGCAACCUGAGCCUAACAAAUCAGCUAAUCUAAAUAAUCCUCAACUACAAGCAGUCAUUGAUGAUUUGCCUGAUGAGCUAAAACAGGAUUCAAACUUCUCUAAAACUAUGGAAGCAAGGAAGAAAUACAGAGAUUUUGGUGCUGCAGCAGCAGCUGAAGCAGCUUUCAUAUUGGCAAGUCAAGCAGCAGCAGCUGCAAGAGCUGCUGUGGAACUAUCACAACCUCAGUAUAAAGCUCCUGGUGAUGGAUCUUCAAAAUCUGACCCUCAAAGUUAUAGAAAUGCCGCUUUGGAGGGCAAGAAGCACAUAAACAAUGAAUUCAAUUAUGAAAAAAUGCAGGAUAUUGAAAACUUGGGCUCUAAAUUAGCUGCUGAAAAAAUGGCAGAUAACAAUUAUGGUAGUCAUGUCAAAGAAACUGGAGAGAGAAGCAGGAAAGCUGAAGUAGAUAAGGAAUUCUCUGCAUCAAGUUUGAGCCCAAUUGGUGACAACAUGAGUGGGAGGAAGAAGACUACACAAAUACUGAGCCGAAAUGAGAUGUUGGGGAAAGAGAGAGGUUUUGUGAAGUUUAGUGAUAGGAAUACAAAGAAUCAGGACACACAUGACAGAAAGUCUAAUGAGCAGAAAUUUCAAACGUAUCACAAAGCAUCUACUAUAGAAGGAGAAUCUAGUUUAGAAAGCACAAAUCACAAAGAUUUCGCAAAGCAAUUUGAUUUAAGACUUUCAAACAUAGGCAGGAGGCCACUUUCAUCACGGAGUAGGCAACGAAGGCACUCUGCAACAUAUUGAUGAAGUAAAAUUAUCUUGUCUGAGAGGUUUUAAACUAUUUAGACAUUGCAUAGAUUAUGCAUGGUGUGUUUGUCUUUACUUGUUUCUCUAUAUAAUUUAUGAUUAUGUAAAUUCAGCAUGAUAUUUUAUUCCAAAAGUAGUAUAGUACAAGUGAAUCUUAUGAGAAUG